UAUAAAUACAUCCAGUGAGGAAGCAUUAGAAGAUAUGGUAAACUAGAAAGGAAAAGUAAUAAUGGAGAACAAGUUGAGCAAGAUCUUAAUCUUCGGCGGAACUGGUUAUAUAGGCAAGUUCUUGGUGAAGGCAAGCGUCUUGCUGGGCCAUAAAACUUAUGUCUAUGCUCGCCCUAUCACCUCACUAACUCCUCCCUCCAAGAUACACAUCCACAGGGACUUCCAGUCCAUGGGAGUCAACGUUGUUCAUGGGGAAUUGGACGAGCAUGACAAAAUUGUGGCACUACUUGGCCAAGUAGAUGUAGUGAUCUCUGCCCUAGCUUACCCUCAGGUUCUUGACCAACUCAAGAUCAUAGAUGCCAUUAAAGUUGCCGGUAAUAUUAAGAGGUUCUUCCCGUCAGAUUUCGGGAUUGAAGAGGAUAGGGUGACUCCCUUACCACCAUUUGAGGCUGUUCUUGAGAAGAAGAGAACAAUAAGAAGGGCAACAGAAGCAGCUGGGAUUCCUUUCACGUUUGUUUCUGCAAAUUGCUUUGGUUCUUACUUUAUCAAUUACUUGCUUCGACCACGUGAGCAAAGACAUAACGUUGAUGUCUAUGGUAGCGGUGAAGCUAAAGCUGUGCUAAACUACGAGGAAGACAUCGCAAUUUAUACCAUAAAAGCAGCAGAUGACCCAAGAACGCUUAAUCGAGUCGUAAUCUAUAGGCCAGAGAAGAACAUCAUAUCUCAGUUUGAACUAAUCUCUCUUUGGGAGAAGAAAACUGGUCAGUCUUUGAAUAAAGUUCAUAUCUCAGAGAAACACAUUGUGGAGCUGUCGAAGACUCUACCUCAUCCACGCAAUAUUCCAGUGGCUAUCCUUCACAGCUUGUUUGUAAAAGGCGACCUGAUGAGCUAUGAAUUGGAGAAGGAUGAUCUUGAGGUUUCAAAGCUCUAUCCAGACUUUGAAUACACCACUCUCGAUCGGCUUCUUGAUAUUUUUCUUGUUAACCCUCCAGAGCCUGCAUUUGCUGCCUUUGAAUGAGCUAAGUGUCAACUAGCAUGAUUAUUUCAAAUUAAUUGUAAUAUUCGACUCAAGUUCUUAAUAGCCUUGUAAUCUUAAAAAUAAUUUUACUAUUGUUGUCCCAAAAAUAGUCCAAGAGGGGGUGAAUUGGACUUUAAUAAUUUUUCGGCCCUUGCUUGUAGCCUAAUGAAAAAUUGUGGCUUUGUUAAA